AUGGUGUUAGAAAGUACUAUGAUUUGUGUUGACAACAGCGAUUAUAUGAGAAAUGGAGAUUUCUUACCCACAAGACUUCAAGCUCAGCAAGAUGCUGUGAACCUGGUAUGUCAUUCCAAAACUCGGUCAAAUCCAGAAAAUAACGUGGGUCUUCUGACUCUAGCUAAUGUGGAAGUGCUGGCCACUUUAACAAGUGAUGUCGGUCGUAUAUUAUCCAAGCUUCAUCGCGUUCAACCAAACGGCGAUAUUAACUUGCUAACUGGUAUCAGAAUUGCUCAUUUGGCAUUAAAACAUCGUCAAGGCAAAAACCACAAAAUGCGGAUCGUGGUAUUCGUCGGUUCACCUAUCAACACUGAUGAAAAGGAAAUAGUGAAGCUAGCUAAGAGGUUGAAAAAGGAGAAGGUGAACUGUGAUGUGGUCUCCUUCGGAGAAGACUCUGAUAAUAAUCCUCUUUUAACUUCAUUUGUCAACACAUUAAAUGGUAAAGAUAACACAACUGGUGGCAGUCAUCUUGUAUCUGUGCCAGCUGGUGGAUGUGUUGUACUCUCCGAAGCAUUAAUUUCAAGUCCCCUCAUCGGAGGUGAUGGGGCUGGUCCGUCUGGUUCAGGUUUGUCACCAUUUGAAUUUGGAGUGGAUCCAAAUGAGGAUCCAGAGCUAGCUCUCGCUCUUCGUGUAUCCAUGGAAGAGCAGAGACAGCGUCAAGAAGAGGAAUCACGUCGGCAACAAGGUAAUACUGAAGGUGAAACUGGAAAACCAGCAGAGGCCCAGGACAGUGGUAUGGAAAGAGCUCUGGCUAUGUCCCUUGGACGAGAAGCAAUGGAGCUAUCUGAGGAAGAACAAAUAGCUUUGGCAAUGGAGAUGAGUAUGCAACAGGAAGCUCCUGCUGCUGAGGAAAAUAUGGAUGUGUCUGAAGAAUAUGCUGAGGUUAUGAAUGAUGCUUUUCUACAAAGCGUUCUUGAAAGUCUUCCUGGUGUAGAUCCCCAGAGUGAAGCUAUCCGCAAUGCCAUGUCUACCAUUAAGAAAGACAAAGAUGAAAAGGAUGACAAAGACCAAAAGGAUAAAGAUGACAAAGGGUCUAGCUCCAAAUAA